AUGAAUCUGGAAAUAGAAAAUUCAGUAACUGAAGUAUGGUUCGAUACGGAUGAUGUUGAUGAUUCUGUGUCUCAGACUACUACCUUUGAAUCGCGAACGAAAAAAACGGUCCGCUUUUAUGUCAUGUUUUUACUAUUGUGGCAAUCGAUGUUCAAGCUGUCCGACUCAGGGAUGACUGUUUUGUUUUUGUAUUUGUCUAUGAUACUCUCUUUGGUUCUUGCGCCAGUAAACAUUGAAGGUAUUCAGGAAUUCAUUGAUAUGGUACCUAAGAGUACUUCAGCUGCUAAAAAGCUUAUUGGAGAAGUGGGCGAUCCGUUCCUGAAGAAUGUGAGCUGCCCUCAAUGUCACUCCUUGUAUUCGUUACACUUGUGCAAGAUUGUGAAUCCAGAUAAAACUGUUUCAAGUCUACAUUGUUCACACGUUGCAUUUCCUAAUCAUCCGCAUAGUCGCCAAAGGCUACCUUGUAACGCUCAAUUAAUGAAGACCAUUAAAACAUCAAGUGGUUCCACGUCCCUAUAUCCUAGACAGAUGUUUUGUUACCAAAGUAUUAUAGAGGUGCUUAGAAGUAAGCUAAUGACACCUGGAUUCUUCGAGAAAACUGAGCUUUGGAGAAAGAGACGUGUCCAAACAUCAACAUUGCGUGAUGUAUAUGAUGGAAGAGUUUGGAACGAGUUUCUUUGCCCUGGUGGAAUACCUUUUUUGUCUGCACCAUACAAUUUUGCUCUAGCUCUAAAUGUUGAUUGGUUCCAGCCCUUCAAGUAUAGCAAUUACUCUCUCGGAGCUAUAUAUGUCGGAAUACAAAAUUUACCUCGACGUGAGAGGUACUUAAAUGAAAAUGUUAUACUUCUUGGAGUUAUGCCUGGACCACAUGAACCCAAAAAAGAUUGCAAUACCUAUCUUAAACCCUUUGCAAAUGAACUCCUGGAGCUUUGGAACGGAAUUGUUAUGAAAAAUUGUUCUGGUAUGAAUAUAUUUGUAAGAGCGGCUUUAAUCUGUGUAACAUGCGAUAUACCUGCGAGCAGAAAGGUAUCAGGUUUUGUGGGACAUAAUGCUCUUCGUGCGUGCUCACGAUGCUUAAAAAUGUUUCCAACACAACACUUUGGAGAAAAGGCGGACUAUACAGGAACUGACCGUGAAACUUGGCCUUGUCGCUCUCUAGACACACACAAACAUUUUGCUACUAUCCACAGAGAAGCAAGAACAAAAGCAGAACAAAAAGCGAUCGAAAGGGAAUAUGGAUGUAGAUACUCAGUUCUGCUCGUAUUACCAUACUUUGACGUCAUCAAAUACACAGUAGUGGAUCCAAUGCACAAUUUAUUGCUUGGGACUGCCAAGCACAUGCUGAAUGUUUGGGUGUCAAAGGAACUAGUUAGCAAGGCACACUUUCUGAUCAUUCAACAGACUGUUGACUCAUUCACAGCACCUUCUGAUGUUGGGCGUAUACCCUCGAAAAUUGCAUCUGGCUUCUCUGGUUUUACUGCCGAACAGUGGCGUAAUUGGACAUUGAUUUAUUCUCUGUGUUCUCUCAAGGGAAUUCUUCCUCACAGGGAUUAUGAUUGCUGGUUAUUAUUUGUUAAGGCUGUUUCUAUUCUGUGCCAAAGACAAGUAACAAUUACAGAGGUUGAAAGAGGUGACGCUCUACUAAUGGAUUUCUGUGAGUAUCAGAAAGUGCCUGGCAAUCGACGGACAAGGAAGAACUGGCAUCCCUUUUAA